UGACCAUUGGAUCUAUUAAUAGAUCUGAACUCUCAAGUUUGAAGAGGAAAUUUCUAAAAUGGGAAGAACCUCUUGUUUCCAGGAUGAGUAUACUUUCGAUCAAAGGCUCGAAGAAUCGCGUGAUAUUAUUGCAAAGUUCCCAGAUCGAAUCCCUUUGAUUGUGGAACGGUAUUCGAAAUGCGAUCUACCUGAAUUGGAGAAGAAAAAAUAUCUUGUUCCACGAGACUUGUCUGUUGGGCAUUUCAUUCAUAUUUUGAGUUCCAGACUUAAUUUACCGGCUGGAAAAGCUCUUUUUGUAUUUGUGAAGAAUACUUUACCUCAAACUGCUAGUGUGAUGGACUCUGUUUAUAGAUCAUUCAAGGAUGAGGAUGGGUUUCUUUACAUGUAUUAUAGUACUGAGAAAACCUUUGGAUACUGCACAUAAUGGCAACUAUUAAACUCUCUACACUUGUAAAUAGUGUAAAUAUUCCUUUAUUGCAUUCUUAUUUAUGUACCUUCCCAAUUACAUUGAACCAUUUGGGCUACUAUGAGUUUGAGAAUUCAUGACUGUUGAUAAUCUAUAUGAAAACCGCUCUUACUAGCCUUAA